AUGGCAAAGUUGUUGUGCACUCUGCUCGUUCUCCUCGCUUCUUCCGCGUCCGCCAAAGAACUGAAACGAUCGAAACGGCAGUUGCAGGUGUACUAUAUGUGCAAUGGAGGCGUUUCUCAGUACCGUAAGUUAGAUGUUGGCGAGUCCAUAGUUCCAUUUGUACUUUUUCAGCUUGCUCCUCGAACAACAAUUGCAACAACAACAACAACUGCAACUACAACAGCUAUGGCAAUCAGGUGAUCCUUCCCACGUCCUUCUACAAUCCAGGACUCAAUUGCAACUCAAACUGCAACAGUUUCAACUGCAAUCAGUACAGUGGAAGUUUCAUCAAUGGGUAACAUAACUAAUGUUGUGUCUUUUGUAUAUCCUGUCAACUUUUCAGUCAGUACGUCGCCUACAACCUCGGCUCCAACGCCUAUUCGCCGUGUGCCAGCUCUUGCUGCUCCAGCAACAACUUGUACAAUCCGUACACAUACAGCUCGAACGGCAACAAUCAAAUAUACAACCCGUAUGGAUCAACCACCAACAACAAUCAAGGCUACAAUCCAUACGGGACCAACACCAACAACCUCAAUCCAGGAUAUAAUCCAUACGGGACCAACACGAACAACCUCAAUCCAGGCUAUAAUCCGUACGGGACCAACACGAACAUCAACCAAGGCUACAACCCAUACGGAACUAGCACCAAUGGAAACAGCCGGUACAUGCCAUACGGAGCCCAGUCCUUCACCGGAACCUAUCAGAAUGGAGGUCAGUUUUGCAAUUUCUUCCCCGUCCUACCCCAAUAAAUCUCUUUUAGUGUUCAUGUGCGGCGCCACGGAGCCGUCCGGAGGCGUGUGCCGCGACAACGGAAUCUGCCCGUCCGGACACAGCUGCGUCGCCGGAAACGUGUGCUGCCGCUGCCCUGUCGGAUCGAGCGCCGGUAUCUGCCGUCAGGAGUCGGACUGUGGGGCCGGGUACACGUGCUCGGCCACCGGCUACUGCUGCCCCUCCUCGAUCGCGGCGGGCACGCAGUUGGAGCCGUGCAUCAACGGAAAGUGCAUCGACGGAUUCACGUGCGGAGUGGGCGACUUGUGCUACGACAACAAGUUCUUCCUCCUUCAAUAA